AUGUGGGACCUCCCUCCUGUGGGUUCACCACCUGCAGAGGCGGCCAUGGAGGUCAGACGUACUGAUGUGAACUCCGUGACAAACUGGAAUGCUCCACUGGUUUGGGAUGGAACCUUUGAUCCAGUGGUUAUUGAUGCAAUUUAUAAGAAAAUGGAUCCCAGAGUCGCUGUCCUGGUGUUUGCUGUUGGGAAAUACACGAGAUUCCUGAAGGGCUUUCUGGAGUCGGGGGAAAAGUAUUUUCUGGUUGACUUCAGGGUUACUUACUACAUCUUCACUGACAGUGAACAAGACGUUCCUCAAGUGGCAUUGUGUGAGGGUCGGAACAUCACAGUCGUCCCUGUUCCUUCUGCCGUUCGCUGGCAGGAUGUAGUUCUUGGUAGGAUGAAAUGGGCAGCCAUUCUGAUUGACAAGCAGAUUCGAGAUGAAGCGGACUACCUGUUUAUGAUGGACAUUGAUAGUGUCUUCUAUGCUCGUUUUGGGGCCGAAUCUCUAAGCCGACUGUCUGCUGUACUUCACCGAGCGUACUACCAGGUUUUGCUCUCUUUCUUACAGUUAUUGUUUUCAUGA